CUUCCACCGCUUCAAAUCUUUCUCAUUUUCUAAAACUGAGCUUCCAGUAUAAUGUAAAUAAUCUUUCUUACAAACAAACUGCAUAAACUUCCUUGUAAAACAAAAUCAAUUGCAAGCAGUAGGCAUAGGCAAACCUGUGGACCAACAAUAAUAACUAGCUUAUUUUUUAAAUAAUUAUUUCCAAAAUAAAAAUUAAAAUAAAUCCAAGAUUUGGGUUUCCACUGCCCAUUUGUUUUUUCCUAUUUUUCGUGCUCUUCUUUCUCAAAAUACUCAGGAACUCUAUAUCCCCUUUCUCCUGUUCUGUUUUUCCUCGUCUUUCCCUCGCCCCUCACUCCAUCCUGCGUCUCUCUUAUACACUAUUGCUGAUUUAUCUUCAGAUUAACAUGCAGAUACAAUUCUGUGCAUCUGUUGUUCUGCUAGUAAGAAAGUUAAAUGGAGUGGCUAGCAAUCAUCGUUACAAUGGUUGUGCUGUGGGUGGCUUCACUCUUUAAAAUUCUCCAUGAAUCUUUCUCUGCCUCACAAGUUGAAGUUUUGAAUGAUGGUGGAGUUUUUUGCAAGAGAAAUGUGUUGUUGGUUAUUGCCCAUCCUGAUGAUGAGUCUAUGUUCUUUACUCCAACCAUUAAUUAUUUGUCUUUGCGAGGAUGUAAUCUGCACAUAUUAUGCAUGUCAACCGGUAAUGCAGAUGGUAUAGGGAAUAUCAGAAAAGAAGAACUUUAUUUAGCCUCGACUGUGCUUAAGGUUCCACAAAAGCAAGUGAAAGUUCUUGACCAUCCAGAUCUACAGGAUGGUUUUGGCAAAUCAUGGAACUCUAAGUUACUGUCAAAGAUUAUCAAGGAGGAAAUUGUCAAUUGCGCAAUUGAUUUGGUCAUAACUUUUGAUAAUUAUGGAGUCUCCGGUCAUUGUAACCAUCAAGAUGUUCAUCAAGGUGUACGAGAACUAUUGCAAGAUACUUCACAUAAAGAAGUUGAGGUCUGGGAACUUGUUAGCACUAGCAUAUUGCGCAAGUACACCGGACCAGUUGACAUAUGGUUGUCCCUCCUGUCUGCCAAGUUCCAUUUAAGUGGAGUGGUGCAUUGCUUUCUAAAUGAAUAUCCCAGAAGGAGCUUAGCUGCAAUGGCUCAGCACAAGAGUCAGUGGGUUUGGUUCCGGAAGCUAUUUGUUUCCUUCUCAAGUUACACAUACGUUAACUGCCUUAGGAAGAUUGACUAAGAUACGUGUAAGGUUAUUGGUUCAACAAGACACUUGAAAGGAAGAUCAAUUAGAUGUUUGGUUCAAAAACACUUGGAAUGGGAAUAAGUAAAACUACUCGGUAAAUCAAUCGUCUAAGCUAAAGUGUGUACCCCAUAUAUCACGUCAGCUUUUCUUUGAAAACUUUCGAUCCAUUAAAAAGUUGAAGGCGUGUUAGAAUUGUUGGUUGUUGUAGAAUAGUCGAAACCAUCUGUCACUGAUAUUGAGCAUAUGAACAUAUAAAAUGUCAUGUGCUCCUUUUUAUAUUUAUUUUAUUUUAGUUAUAAUAAUGCCUAGUGCUUUUGAUUAUGCAAGGUCAAUUUUAAAGAUUGGUUUUCUUUUUA